CUCUGAUUGACGGAUGCAGAAACGAGGCGAUAAGAAGUGGCCCCACCCGCCUCCACUGUGGGCCCCACAUUAACCCUCCAAAUGGACGGUAGUAACAGUGGGGUUGACCAAAUAUGCUUCUGCUGUGUUUCAACAGCUAGCAACAGAGUUCAGCUUCUUCGUAUAAGCAUUCACUUACCUUCCCAUCCCAUGUUCUCUUUCUCAUCGCAAUUUUUUUUCUUUUUUCUUUUAAUUUUCCUCUCAAGUGGAGCAUUCAGGUUGUUAGAGCGUCCAUUGAGCUUUCAAUCUGUGGCUGGAUUUUGAUCUCUCUGAGUUUAAAAUGGAUCCAAAAGGAAGCUUAUGUGCUACAAGGUCCUCUUCCUUAACCUCUCCUGGGAAUGGACUACAAACAAAUUUGUCGUCAGAUCCUCCCUCUUUCUAUGGGGUCAGGAUUGAAUCACCUUUCGAAGAAUUCAUCCAACCCUCUCCUCCAACCCAAUCUGUACUUCCAGGUGAAUCUAACACAGAUAUUGAUAUCCCUGACCAGGAAAAUUGUCCACUGAGUGACUCCUCACAUACCAGUAAACUCCAAGAUUGGAAUCCAAGUGCGAUGUUGAAUAACCUUUCCUUCCUUGAAGUAAAGAUUCAUCAGCUUCGGGAUCUAGUGCAUGUAAUUGUUAGUAAAAAGUGCCAACCUUUUGGACAACCUCAUGAACUAGUGACUCAGGAACAACAGCUCAUCACAGCCGAUCUUACAUCGAUUAUUGUUCAAUUGAUCUCUACUGCUGGUAGUCUUCUCCCCUCUGUUAGGCACACCCUCACAAACGCAAAUCCCUUGGUUGGCCAGCUUGACCAGCUUCAUGGGAUUAACCUCCCUUUUGAAUCAGAACCAAGUAGUGGUAUUAGGCCACAAAAUAACAGUGGAAAUAAACUGUUUGAUCAGUCCAUUCAGAAUGAUCUACCAAAUAAAUUGGAAAUGGAGCAAAACUACAAUAUGGAAGAGCAUGAGCCAAAAGAUGAAGAAGAUGUGGAUGAGGGAGAGAAUCUUCCACCCGGUUCCUACGAGAUUUUGCAAUUAGAAAAAGAAGAAAUCCUCGCCCCUCACACACAUUUCUGUACAAUAUGUGGGAAAGGAUUCAAGAGGGAUGCAAAUCUCCGAAUGCACAUGCGCGGCCAUGGUGACAAGUACAAAACUCCUGCAGCUCUUGCAAAACCACACAAAGAAUCCGGGUCUGAACCAAAGCUCAUCAAGAGGUAUUCCUGCCCCUAUAACGGCUGCAAGCGUAACAAGGAUCACAAGAAAUUCCAACCACUAAAGACCAUUUUGUGUGUCAAAAACCACUACAAGAGAACACACUGUGACAAGAGCUACACUUGCAGCAGAUGCAACACCAAGAAGUUUUCAGUCAUGGCAGACCUUAAAACUCAUGAAAAACACUGCGGUAAGGAUAAAUGGCUUUGUUCAUGUGGCACAACAUUUUCAAGGAAAGACAAGCUUUUUGGACACAUUGCUCUAUUCCAAGGCCAUACACCAGCUAUUCCUUUGGAUGAAACCAAAGGAAUGGCUGAGCCACCUGAUAUCCAGAACAGAGAAAGCAACAAUAAGGUAGAAAGUAUUAACUUCUGUUUUGGAUCAAAUUCUUCAAGUGAAAAUGUAGUUCAAAACAUGAUGGAUAUGAAAGGUAAUAAUGAUGAUCCCAUGAAUUAUUUCUCAUCAUUGAACUUCGAAGGCUGUAACUUUGGGGCGUUUAAUGAAUUCUCCCAACCUCCAUUUGAAGAUUCAGAUGGUUGUUUCUCUUUUCCCAUGUCAGGAUCCUUUAAUUAUGCUCCCAAAUUUGGUGGCGGUGAAUCAAGUUCUGACAAUCUGUAGUGACAAUUUAUAAUAAUGUUACUCUACAUCAUGUCUAUGUUUUCUUUAUUCCCCUGUUAACGAAUAAUCCUUUUGUUUUGUCAAAUUUGUAAAUCCAGGUAAUAUCAUGUACUCCCACCA